UUAGUGGCUCCGGAGCACUUUGAGUUGCUCCCACCCCGCUCCGUGGGAUUAAUCUAUCCUUUUGGAGGUUAUUUUCGGCAAGCAGCCUCGCAGGCGGGCAGAGCGGCCGGAGGAAGAGCCAGCGGCAGGGGAGGGAUGCGGGAGCAGGGCAGCGGAGCCGGGCGGGACUGAGCCACCCGCAGAGGAGAGGAGGAGAGGGAAGGAGAAGAGAGGAGAGAAGAGGAGAGCUGCCCUGCUCCCUGCUCCGUGCCGGGCUGCCUGCAUGGCUCCCGGGCACUGUGGAGAUUGUGGGGGCUGCUGCUGCUGAGCAACCAUCCAUCGCUUUAAACUCAGCCUCAACUUAGCGCAGCAGGCAAGAAUGGCAAAGCCACUGGAGCUUUGGAGCUGCCAGGAGAGCCGGGGAACCUGGGUUUUGGUCGCUGCUGUCUAAUAAAUGGGAGUAAAAUGGAAUUUCUUACCUGGGUUUUUCCUGCCUUGAUUCUACUGUGCACCCAACAGCACAGGUGUAUCAGAGCUAUGAGUGACAUCGGAGAUUACAUAGGUUCCAACAUUGAAAUCUCCUGGUUGCCCAACCUGGAUGAUUUGAUGAAAGGGUACGCACGAAAUUUCAGGCCUGGGAUUGGAGGUCCUCCUGUUAAUGUUGCUCUGGCAAUCGAAGUAGCCAGCAUUGACCACAUCUCAGAAGUGAACAUGGAAUACACCAUGACAGUAUUUUUGCACCAGAGCUGGCGAGACGAUCGUCUGUCUUACAACCACACCAACGAAACUCUGGGCUUGGACAGCAGGUUUGUGGACAAGCUCUGGUUGCCAGAUACUUUCAUAGUCAAUGCCAAGUCUGCCUGGUUCCAUGAUGUGACUGUGGAAAACAAACUUAUCAGGCUCCAGCCAGAUGGAGUCAUUUUAUACAGCAUCAGGAUUACCUCAACAGUGGCCUGUGACAUGGACCUUUCCAAGUACCCAAUGGAUGAGCAGGAAUGCAUGUUGGAUUUGGAGAGCUAUGGCUACUCUUCAGAGGACAUUGUCUACCACUGGUCAGAAAACCAGGAGGAGAUCCAUGGGCUGGAUAAGCUGCAGCUUGCUCAAUUCACAAUUACCAAUUACCAGUUCACAACAGAAAUUAUGAACUUCAAAUCUGCAGGUCAGUUUCCCAGGCUCAGUCUCCACUUCCACCUUCGGCGAAAUCGAGGCGUUUACAUCAUCCAGUCCUAUGUCCCUUCCAUCCUGCUGGUGGCCAUGUCGUGGGUGUCCUUCUGGAUCAGCCAGUCAGCUGUGCCUGCCAGGGUGUCACUAGGUAUCACCACUGUUCUUACAAUGACCACUCUGAUGGUCAGUGCCCGAUCCUCACUCCCACGAGCCUCUGCCAUCAAGGCACUGGAUGUUUACUUCUGGAUCUGCUACGUGUUUGUCUUUGCUGCACUGGUGGAAUAUGCCUUUGCACAUUUCAAUGCUGACUACAUGAAAAAGCAGAAGAACAAGAUCAAGGCGAGAAGGCAGAGUGCAGAGAUCAACGUGAAGAAUGCCAUUGUUCUGUUUUCCCUCUCCAUAGCUGGUGUGAGCCAGGAACUGGCCAUUUCCAACAGGCAGCACCGAAUUCCCAGAAGCCUGCCUGGAUCAUAUGGCACAAUAGAAAUAGAAACUGGAGAGACAAAACAGCAGCAGGGAAUGAAACUGGACAAAAAGACUGGCCUGAAGUCCCUCUUUAAGCCCAUUGAUGCUGACACCAUUGACAUUUAUGCCAGAGCCGUGUUCCCAGCAGCCUUUGCAGCAGUCAAUGUUAUAUACUGGGUUGCAUACACAAUGUAAAGGCAACAAAAAAAGGAAAAUUCUUCCCAAGACCUACAAACUGAACAAUACCCACAGGCUAAAAAGCCCUCACUGAAACUGAAUUGAGGCACCUCUUCUCAAAGUAUUUUCCAACGAGCUCAAACACUUCCAAAGUCAAGAAAGUCCUGCUAUGAAUUCCUACUUAAAGCAGCAAUUUAUUGCUGACCUGAUUUGAUACUGCACUCUGCCAAACAAUUCCAGCUCUUCCUUUCCUGUAACACCAUGAGACAACUUUUCAUAUGUACAUAUUUGUAGCAAAAAUUUAAAUCUAAAAUGACCAUGGUUUUCCUCCACUUCAAGGUUGAUCAGUAAUGAAGAUUUGGCUUUUCACACUCAGAUAAUUUCCUUUUUAUUUGUAAUGAAAGAGCUCAUUCCUCACUUCUGCACGAGUGGUUUUCUGCAUCUGUGGGCUGGUCUAGGUUUAACAGUAGUGCUAAAGUUGGAGGUUUUAAUCAGAAAAAUCUCAUGAACAAAGUAAAAGGGAAUAGAGGGGAGUGGAGGUUUUUUCUUAAAAUAUUAUUUGUCUUGGGUAAAGUAUUGAAAAAUUUCAAUGCUCUUAGUCACAGCAUGAAAUAAAAUAUACUACAUAAAAUUCU